GGGGCUAACUAAGCCACACCUACCAACCACGCCUUAGAUCUGCUCGCUCCAGCACGUUAUGUCCAUUCAAGUGCCAAGAUGUAGAUAUGAAGGAAAGGAGGAGAGUCUAAAACAGCUGCUUUGUAAAGAAAAAAGGACUCGUGUUUCUGUUCCUUAUCCUCUCCAUCCAAGAAUACUCCCUCCAGUGGAGGAAGCCUUUGACUCUGCAGUGGAACAGAUUAAACCACCUGCUCCAGCUAUCCCUCCCAUCAAACCAAAUGAUAACAUUGACAAUAAAGAGAGUCUUGCUUCUCAAGUACCAGUAACUAAUAGUGUUCAUAACGGAGAACCUUUUACUCCAAUUAAAGGAGACUGGUCUUUUCAAGAAGUAUCUCAUCUUGACAGGUGCUAUACUUCUUCCUCUCCCUUUUCAAGCAGCAGCAGUGAACAGGAACACUGUCUAAUGGAGGAGACUGUACAUGAUGAUCAUGUUAAUGGGUCAGUAUCUAAUGGAAGAGAAGAAUCAGUAAUGACUAGUCAGUUGUAUCUCACUGCUCAUUCUGAUCAAGAAGGAUCAUAUCUGACAGCAAAUGAUGAGACGAUAUCAGCACAUCUUGAUCUUAACACAGCGAUCAAUUCAGAAUCAGCUUUUGUGCCAAAUGAUGAUGAUAUUAAUGACGAAGCAAAUAACACUGAUCUUAAUGCUGAUCUUAACACUGAUUCAGUAUUAAAUAUAGAUCUUAACACUGAUUCAAGUGUAUUUCAUUCAUCUCAAGUUAACGAACCUUACCUACCUAUUGACACUCCAGCUGUUCCAAUGCCCCCAAUGCUGUCCAUUGAAUCUAUUGAUUCAACCGCCUCCUCCUCCCUCAGCUGCACCUCAUGUGAUCCGUUUACUGAAGCACCUGUUGCUGAUCCAACUGAUUUACUUGAUCAUUUAGAAUCAAGCAUUGGUAUGGGUUCAUCUUGUACUGUACAAUCUUUACCAUCUCCUUCAGUAACGGACUCCACUUCAUGUACUGGUAGUGGCAGGCGCUCGUCAAGAAAGAACCGGUUUAAAAUAGCUGCCAAUUUUAGUUUCCGUGGUAAAGAGAACAAGCCUCAAAACGUGACCACACCCACAUUGUCAAUGUCACUCCCCAGUACCUUUGAAGCUGGUUCAUUAUUAAUGGCUCCUCCUUCCAUCAGAGCCACUCCUCCUGUUAGAGCCACUCCUCCUCUCGGAGCCACUCCCAUUUCUAUUCAAGCCACUCCUCCUUCUAUCAGAGCCAUUCUCCCUGCUAUCAGAAGAGCCACUCCCUCUUUGAUACCUACUCCGAGUCCUUCUCCGUCAUUAGUUACUUCAUCUCGUCCUAAAGUACCUCACCAGUCACUGUCAUGUUUAAUGGAUCCUCCUCCUCCUUCACUCAAGAUACGAUCACAUUAUCAUACACUGACCCCGCCCACUGAUACUUCACCUCACAAAUCACUAUCAUCACAAUCCCCAGCAUCACUUCUCUCACCCUCACCCUCACUUAUAUCAUCUCCCGUUCACAAUAUCUCACCAAACGCUAAGAAAACCCUCACUCCUGGAAAAACCUUAUCUAUUGAUACUAAAGAGAUGGACAAGAAGAUACUAGAACAAGAAGAACUCCUAGAGAAGGAAAGAGCUCAUUUACAAAAGCAGAUCAGUUUAUACCAGAAGACGCUGCAGGAGAAGACAGAGGAUGAAGAUGUUGAUCUAUCAAAGCAGCUGGAUGAUGACAAAUGUAGAUUAGUGGAUCGUGUUAUCAAUGCUAACAUUAGUAAAAUGGCUACUAGUUUCUGGAAUGAUGAAUACAGAGCUACCUUAGGAAACAAAGCUAAAAAAUAUGAUUCAAGUCUUCUUUUAAAUGAACUUAAGACUGAAGAGAGUUUGCUCAAACUUCAAGUUGAACUUUUCUCAUAAUAACAAAGAGAUCAGAGACAAUAACUAAAAGGUUUUAUAUUGACACCUUAUAGCUUCGUAUGUGUGUAGUAUUUUUGUCAAAUUAUAUUUCACUUAAACUUUGAAAUAGCA